CCCGCCGCCGCUCCCUCCAACCACCUCCUCCUCCUUCCGAUGGGUCGCUGGAUCCUUCGGCCACCCCAUGGACUUCGCCUGGAACGUGGGCUGGGAGGCGGCGGUGCCAGCCUGCAACGCCAACCCCGACCCCGACCAACCCGGUGCCGUAGGAGGUGGAGGCGAAGUCCAUGAUGCUGGUCUCUGGGCCGCGCGUCGCCGUCUCCGGGCCGAGGCGAGCCGACUGCCACGCAGGUCGUGCUCUCCGCCGUGUCAAGCUACCGUCCUUCGCUGGUCUUGUCAUGGAUUAGAGAGAGCGCGGGCGGGCGGUAGAGGAGGGUGGCGGGCGCUGACGUCGCAGUCGAGGGGGAGCAGGGCUGCCGGACCUCGCACGGAUGCGCAGUCGGAGGGACGGCUGGAGGAGAGUAGGAGGUAGGUACGCUGGGAUAGGGUGAUGUCGCCGGCGACGGCAGGGCCAGUCGGCCGGAGCUGGAUUGAUCCGGAGGCGCUCAACAAGAGAGGCGGACAGCGGACCGAUGGAGAAGGGAUCGGCAUCGGGCAGCUCGAAGACCCAAAACGGUUGCCUCAUCAUCUACCUCACCGUCUCUCCUCCAGUACGCGGAUGCUCUGCUCGACCUCUUCCUCGUCAUGGCUGCUCAACAAAAUAAGCAGGAGCAGCCGGUGCAGCCGAGCGUCCGCCUUAGGCUUCAGCAGGACAUGGCGUUCAACGGUGGAUGCAGGCGGCCUAUGCCAAGCUGGUGCGGGCGGGCUGCUGUCGUUCAUCUACCCCACGCUGCAGCUGCUGCGGCACGGCGUCCGGCUAUUCGGCGACCAGGACCUGCAGAGCAAGGUUGGCCUGCUCAUCGACUAUGUUGGGGAUCAGGAUCUAAUCUCUCCCAUGGCGGUCGGCGGCGCUCUGGCCGUGGAGGCCUGCUCCUCAUGCUCCUCCUCUGGAUCUAAUUCUUGAUUCUUGCGUCGGUCUGAACUGUGCGAUUUACGUUUCGUCAGAGGUCUGUUCUUGGGAUUCUGGUGCUGUUGAUCUCGUCAAGGGCCUCAUCUGCUUUCUUUCAUCUUGUGAAGGGUUUCUUUUCUACGGUUGGUGUCAGCAGUCAGCUCAUCUCCUGGUUCAUCGUCCAGUAUUUGCACUCCUCUGAUCAACUUGCUAAGGAUUUCCUAAUGGAUCCUGUACACAUUCCACCAAGGGUUAUUUUGGAUGCUAUGCUGAACACACUCUAUAGCUCCCAAAAGCUGUGUACUACACCCAGCCUACAGGAGACAUUGGUAUAGAGACUGAUUGAGUAUUAUCCAUCUCUGCAGCACUUGCCAAAGAGCACUGUCAAGAGAUUUGUUUGUCAGUCUGAGUCAUCUUGCUACUUUUGCAGGUUUAUUUGCAUAUGAAAUCACCAGAAUUUUCGCCAUGGCUCUGGUUCUUGACAUGGUGCUUAAAAGCACUCAUCCCAUCCUGAUUAUUCGCAUACAGUUUUUUGUUUUUGUUUUUACUGAUUCACUUCUAUCGACAUUUUUUAUGUCCCUUUUUAUGACCAGCUUGGCCAUUUGGUCUGGAUGGAGUCAUUCAACAAAGAAUUUGAGAAUGCUUUAUCUUUCAUGCAAUAGUUGCGGACAAUUGUUCUUGGUUUUUCCUGUAGUAGUUGAUAAUCAGUCUGAACAAUAGUAGAUUAGUAAAUAGCA